GGAUUAGUACCUUCAACACAAACCUGCCACACCCAGUCCUGCACAAGCUUACUGCCCUCUGGUGGAGGAUCUACAAAUUAUUUCAUGAUUUAGCCUUUAAGGGAGUUAAGGGGUUUUAAAUUGCUUUAGUGCAACUCUAAACUUCGGAGUGGUAAUGUGUUUUUCCUUCUCCAGACAAGGCCCUUUGAAGCCAGAAGUUUUGUCCAUCCAGCUGUCGGGUCGCCGCCUCAAUCGGAGGCUCCAGAGGAACAACAGCCUCUCCCCUAACAACCCACUGAUCAGUCUGGUCAAUUCAGGUCUUUACGACGAAGAUUGUCAGUGGACAAUUCAGGUCAACAGGCUGCAGAAGCUCAUCGACCGACUAGAACAAAAGGAGAUUCGUCUGGAGCCCUUCGAGGAUGAAGUCAUCGAGAGCAAAUCGCACAUCUUAAUAGUCCAACGGCAGCUCUCUGUGUUGGAGGAGGAGCUGGAGGAGUUUCGUUUGGCUCUCCGGCAGUACAUGGAGUGCGCCUGCGCCCAGACGGGAUGUCUACACAUCGCAGUUCAGCGACUGGCAAAUGAGUCACGCUUCAUCCUCUAUGAAUUCUGGGAGCACAACAACGUGUGGAAGAAUCACCUACAGACCAACUACAGUAAAACCUUCCAGAGGGGGAACGUUGACUUCCUGGAAACUCCUGAGACCAUCACUACCAUGCUUGUUCCUGCCUCCUGGUGGGUCCUCAACAACAACUGAACGUGGAACGGCAUCUUUCACCAAUCGUCACAGAUGGAUGUGAAAGCAAAGCUCUCUCUCUCACUCACUCACUCACUCACUCACUCACUCACUCACUCACUCACUCACUCACUCACUCACACACACACACACACACACACACACACACACACACACACACACACACACACACACACACACACACACACACACACACACACACACACACACACACACACACACACACACACACACACACACACACACACACACACACACACACACACCCCUUGUGAAGUCAUGGUGAUUAGUAUUUAUGACCUCUAUGUUCCUUCAUAGUUUGGUGGUACCUGAAAUAGCUGUAUUUCCUAAAAGCAAUGACAUCAUCAGACAAAGAUCCAUCUGGUGAUAUGACAUCAUCCCUGUGUUAGCCGUAACAUCAUCCAGAAUAGCUCAUGAGGGGUCACUGUUAGGUUAGAGCUAUCUCUGCGUGGACAUUGAAGUUGGGGGCCUCAGCUUUGUAGAUUUUAUUUAAGAGAACAAAUUUCGAUAUUUAGUUUUGGUUCUUAUUGUUUGUUGGCAUGAGGAGACAAAUGCGUGUGUGUGAGUGACGGAGACGGGAUAAGAGGCACUUAACAAAAUAUCAACUGUAGCAGCUCCAGCGAGCUCAUGAAACCAUAUUUCUGUAGUUUCUAUAUUUAAUGUGUCAAAUUAAGACAAAAGUUCUGAAUAAAAGUAUGUUGUGUAUCUCUCUC